CCUCCCUCCAUCUCUCCUAAUACAUCAUCUUCCGUUUUAAUUGACUCGAAAUAAUGUCGGACCUCGGUUUCCGUCCUGAUCUCUUCCAUCUGACUCUCCGUGACGCAGCAUCAUACUUCCAAUCUCUUGUUACAGUCAACGACUCAGAAGUAUGGGCAACCAAAGUCAAUGCCGCUCUUCUAAGCUACGUCUAUCAUUGUGGUCUCAUUCCACAUAGCUACGGGGUAUGGCUAACAGUUGCAUCCGAGCGAUACCCAUUCCUCCUGCGUACUGCACUCCUGGACAAAACCUCUCGCGGCGUUCGCCUGGCGGGUAUAAACAGUCUGAAAGUCGCACUUAAAUCGCCCGCAUGGCGGACACAAUGCUGGGAUGCAAUUGGUGGAGCCUCUGGGUUGAAGCGGGUCUUUGACCACAUCAGUGUCCGUGAGGUCAGGGCUUUGGCCAAGGUUAUUGGUGGCUCAGCAACAAAAGACGACGUUCGAUCACAAGCGGUGGAAGAACUUGUUGAUCUCUUGAUACCAGGAUUGACAACAGACCAGAGCCCAGUUGUGGUUGGUCGGCCGCUGCUUCAUGCCCUGAUUCCGCUUUUCUGGGGUUGUCGCGAUGCGUUUCUCGCCAAGGCGUUGUCGAACAGUCACGCGGAUGAACUCCCCGUGGAUUACAUCCUCCAGCACCUCGGUAAAUGCCGGACGAAUUUCCUUCGACGAGUGGCUACCUGUGAUGUCUCUUCCCAUUCACAUGUACGGAAGAGGUUGUUAGAGAGCGAUCUCUUGCUACGCAUUACCCGAUCCUCAGAGCCUUAUUCUGGAUCUCAAAGCUAUCGAAGCAAUGCGCCAGUUCCAGGAGUGUUGGGCUUUGGCUUUGAGUUGGUGAGAUCUUUUGGAUUGAGACCACCAGACAGACGAACCGAGGAAACCAUUCUGGAAUCUUACGCAGCUAUAAUUGAUGGGGCCAUUCGCUUGAAAGCCGACUUCUCUGAUGUCCUGGCCUUUCUUGAAUCUAUCAUGACGACCAAGGACAGGAUUAAAGCAGGAUUAUCAAUAUGGGAACGCCUCUUAGCUCAAGUGGUUCGGUUUUGGGCCACCGCGGCAUACCCCGAGAUCUCAAUCAAGAACGAUAUCUCACCCGCCGAGCGUCAACGAGAGCUAUCGCACCCAUCUCGGCCGCAACCUACACACAAGACGAGAUUGGAGGCUGUCCUCAUAGAGGUUCUUACAGCAGUUGAUGACGAGAUCUACUACUUUACCACGCUUUCGAACAUGCUUCGCGGUGAUUUCCGUCCCUACAUGGAGAGCAUACCCCCAGAGGCACGAUUGCCCUUGGCGAGAUUGAUCUUCCGUCACUACUGCAAUCUCGGGUUUGAUAUCGACUCUCCAACUCCUUCUAGCAAAGAGACAGCCCUGUUGCCGUGGAGUGCCUAUUUUAUUCUCAGCCUCACAGAGGCCGACUCUAGAAGGAUGUUCCAGCGAAUCCAAAGCUCCUGGGGGCGCGAAAUUGCUUUGGUAUGUGACACACGGCAAGCUCCGUGGGUCAACUGGAAGGAUGAUCUCGCUUGGUUCAAUGAAAAGCUGAUUGAAGUGGACUGGGAAUCCAGAAAUCCCCAUUGCGAGAAUCAAAGUCCAUUGGCAUUGUCAGUGGUUGCUGACUGUAGACUGAGAGCAGAGAGGGCUCGAGAUGGGAAAGAAAGACUGGAUUGGGCCAAAAGAGCGAUCGAUACGGCCCUCAUGAGUAAAUCAGUUUUUGUUUAUCGGGAAGCUGCCCAGUGGACAAGCCGCUUCGCACACGAUCCGAACACAAGACAACCAUUGGCUCAAUGUAUGUACUCGGAAGAUGCGGCACUUGUGUUAUCUAUUGUUGAGCUGCCUCAUCAUUUCUAUCCAUCUCUCGAGACGCUCAAGCAAUUGAUCGGCGAGGCCAACUCGGUGCUCGCUUACCAUGUUGAGGCCGCGCAGCAGAUGUUGAGACAACCGUCAUACAAAAAUGGACAGGAUUUGGGUCUACGACAACUAAUUUGCUCGGUCGCGGAGCGACGUAUCAACAAGCUCAAGCGCUUAUACUACCUGGGCUUAGGUGACGAGGAUCAGCUCGUUGAAGUCUUGCUUGAGUCGCUAGUGCCUGUCAUUUUGAAUUUCGAAAAGGCAGGAACGUGCAAAGGACGCGAAAGGCUGGGAUGGAGCGGUCUUGGUGGUGUACUUGAUAAUAUGGCGUGCCCACCCAGGCCGUGGAAAGGCAUUUUGGUCUUCUUGGACCGAUUGGCGGGCCAUCGCGACACUAUGUGGACAAAGGAGCGUUCGCAACGUGGGCCAAAAUUGGCAACUCCGAAGGAUGGAUGGCCGAGCGGGCUCCCCAUUCAGUACCUUUUGCCAUCUGAAGACUGGACUUCUGCAGCACUAGCUAACGAAGAUGCUGCUCCGUUCGUCUCUGUUCGAGUGAGGGAUGUCAUCUUCAGUGAUCCCAGGACUUGCGCACACCAGAUCAGCAAUGAGACACAAUCGCUCGGCUUAUUUGCAGACAGUCUCCCGUUUUCCAUCCAGUCAUACGUUGGGACCGGUUCUCACAGGGAAACAAGGGCCGACCACGUUUGGAAAUACUACCGUGACUCGACACCAUCCAACAUCGGCCAUCAAGAGACGUUCAGAGAUUGGUUUGUCGAUCUUGCUCGAUCGAGGGGCCUAUCUAAACUACGGAAUAAGCUUCGCCCAGCCCUUCCACUUUCCCUAAUCAAUUUUGGGGAUUCUUCUUGUGAUCAUGUUGUGGAGUGGGAUCCCAGAUCAACCGAGGCACAGGAGGCACAGGAGGCACAGCCUCCGCCCGUUACGACACUCCAAUAUCGCUUCAGCGCCUCCAAGGAGGAUGUUUCCCUUGAAAACUGGGCCGAUCGUGAUUUUGAGCCGGAGCCCUGGAAGACUGCAGACACAGAUCUCAUCGAACUAUGGUCUUCGGGAGAUAAUUUUGCAAGAUAUUCCCUCCCUUCCCAAGAGGCGCUCGUGACAUCUGUCCUUCUCUUUGUGGAGCAACAGGUUGAAGACCAACAAAGCAUUUUAUGUCAAGCCUUUCCCGAAACGAGCCCUUGCGUGCGAUUUCCGGCAGUAAAGUUGAGCAGCCGCUUUCUGUCCGCUAUUGAUGACUCCGAUACGGCUGUUGACGCUGCUUUUAGUGUCCUAGAUAGGCUAUUGACCAUUGCACCAUCCUCAAUCCUCUAUGCUCUGGGAAAGUCCCUUCAGAGGUCCCUGUUCCGGCUUCCAACUACAUCUGCCAAAUACCUUCUAGUUGAGCGAUGCGCGUAUCGCAUCAUGCAGUUGAUUCAAAAGUCUGAUCAACCCAUAUUAGCAGUUGGUCUUGGAUUCAAUGUCAUCCAGGAGCUUCCUGAUGCAUCAUCGAGACAUCGAAGUGCCCUGACCUUCCCUCUCGGAAGGGCUUUGGACCACGAAAACGCCGAAACCAUGCUACAGAAAUUUGCUGACUUCAUUUUGGGCUCGCUGAAGAAGCAAAAUACCGCGGACAAAAGUCCAGUCAAAAUUACCACCAUCAAAAUGCUGGCUCAGUUGGUAGCGCUCAGCAAUUUUAUCUCGACGGCAUCUCAGAUUAACAUCCUCCGCUCCUUGUUUGAGGCCAGUGGACACAUCGAUGUACGUGUAGCGACCUGCAAGGCACUGUUGCGUGUCGCCGUUACCAAUAGCGGCAACCGAGCGCCAUAUCAGCUCUUCAAAACGUGGACGCACGCUGCCGCCCGGCCAAACGAGAGGAUCAAUACGUCCGAAGAGGAUUGGUUGAAGGCAGAGCAAGACGGUGACUUACCGGAAGUCAAUGCAGAUCGACCCCUGCUGAGCCUUUUCGCCGAAAUGGCCCCCGAAAUGCUUCCAUCCAGCUACCUCGAAGACUACUUCCAGACAGCUCUCAUUCCACUGGUCCAGGAGCUGAGUCGACAACAUAGUCGCUGGAUGCGUGCGUUCAUUCGGCAAGUUGGAUCCGUACCCGAAGGACCUUCCGUCGAUAAUAUCGGGCCUUUUGAUGACAAGUUGACCGAAAAGCUCAUCGACCGUUGGUUACUAUACCUCCCCAAAUCCUUUCUCUUAGAGGAUCGUAUAUCCGCAUCUGCAUAUCUCUUCUUCGUCCAACACAAAGCCCUGAAUGAGAGACUCAACUCCUCUGAUAGCCCAUGGCGCGGCACCAAUGCAGCCAGCCACUGGUCGAAAUUUUUCUCCGGGAACCGAACGUUGCAUGAGAGUACCAGGCUGCGCAGGUUCCUGAAGGGAGAUUUGGAAUCCAGGAUUUCCAAUGGAAUUAACAAAGAGGAUGCCAUGGAGGAGUGCUUCGAGCGUGCAGCCAUCGCCACUCGCAACCCAUAUCGUUUCGACGAGGACUUCUACCUCCGUGUAUCAAGCAAAACAUCGGUACGCGAGAUCGAUCUCUUAGAUCUCCCCAACGAACCGUCCCUGUAUUCUUUAGGCCGAAGAAUGGUGGAGUACGCUGAAUCUCUGCGAACUGAGGAAUGGACGCAGGAUCCAGCCCGCAGUCCACCAAUCCUCCCGACCCCAUUUCAGAUGCAGCUAUACCUGAUACCCUACCCACACCUCCACCCAUUGGCCGAAGACCGGUACGAGAAAUUUGCGACCUAUGUCAUUCGUCUCAUUGACGAGCACAUCCACGACCCCUCUCAUCUUGCAAAUGGUCAUAAACUCAGCUAUGCACUUGUCGAGGAAGUAAAGGAAGCAGACGUGUGCGCAUGCAUGCUGGCCAUCGGACAGAAUCUCCAUACCACGCCGAACCCGCGCACGCAGUUCAUCAGGGCUGACCUUGCCGAGAAUCUUCUAGACAGGCUGGAGCGAUACGAGUGGAAUUCAGAGGUAUUGUGUAUGAUUGGGGAAUGGAAAGCAAGUCCUGUGGAGUGGGUGAGAGGAAUUGGAUGGAGUAACGACGGGCAUGUUGAGAAUUUGGUAUUGCGGUAAUACUUUUCGCAGCUCAGCUGGCAACUAUUAAAGUAGCUAUUGAUACAAUCACACCAACUUAAUACUAUAGCCACUGCACAGACACGCGUCCAACUAUUAAUAGAUCACCC